GAUAGAUAGAGAGAUACUCUCUACGACCCUCUUUCCCUUCUCAUUUACUCGUUUCCCAACGAAUAUGGCCAAAUCCCUCUUCUCCACCACCUUCUCUCCAAGAUUUGGUUGUUUUUCUUAGCCUUUAGUCUGAAAUGAGCGGGUCGUCGGUGGGCAACGGAGGCCUCGCGCCGCCUUUCACAGUUGCGCAGUGGGCGGAGAUGGAACAUCAAGCUUUGAUAUUCAAAUAUCUCAAAGCUGGGCUGCCUGUUCCUCCUGACCUCCUUGGUCCCAUUCGCACCAGUUUCAACCUCAUAUCUUCCAAUUUCUUGCGUCACCACCCCACCUUGGGUUAUACUUCCUAUUGCGGUAAGAAAAUAGACCCCGAGCCAGGGCGUUGCCGGAGGACAGAUGGCAAGAAGUGGAGGUGCUCCAAAGAUGCACAUCCAGACUCCAAGUACUGUGAGCGGCACAUGAACCGAGGUCGCUAUCGUUCAAGAAAGCUUGUGGAAUCACAAACUACCUCUCAAUCUUCAUCAACUGUGACGUCAGACAGUGUGAUUGGGAGCUCUAGCCACAGUGGGAGCUUCCAAAACAUGCCCUUGCAUUCAAUGGUAAAUAGUGGGGGUCUAUGCUUUGGAAGCAAUGUAUCUCAGUUGAAGAUGGAGCCUAUACCCUAUGGGAUAGGUAACAGUGGAAACAGGGGGUGCAACGGAGCAGAAGAGCACAAUUUCAUGUCAGAACCUUCUGGGAGUGUGAGGUGUCUUGGGAUGGACAGUACUGUAGACAGUCCAUGGCAUCUUAUGGUGCCUCGAGUUUCCUUGAAAUCUGAACCAAAAAAUUGUUCUCUUUUGCUAAACAACAGCUCCCAGCUAGAGACAUUGCAACAUACUGAACCAUUGACCGUUGAUGCUGCCAUCACUAAACAGCAGCAACAUCAGUAUGUCGGUGGACAGUUUGGCUUUCCAGGUUCUCUAAAACACGAACAGAAUUCGCUUCAGCCUUUCUUCGAUGAGUGGCCUAAGUCGAGGGAUCUUGGGUUCCAUCUAAGUGAUCAUAGAUCCACCAAUACCUUAACUGCAACUCAACUGUCAACGUCUAAUGCAAUGGCCCCCUCCAAAUUCUUCGCAAGGAGUGCUGACUCACCUACUGAUGCCUAUAGUUGAACCUGUGAGUUGUUUGCGCAUUCUGUUGUAUCAGUGUACUCGGUGCAGUUCCCGCUUCCCAUGUAACUUUUAACUCUUAUUUGACACGCUACUGCUGGGCUUUCGUAUGUUUGUAUUUCCACUUGACCGUUAUGGAUUAGAUAAUGAGUUUUAGACGUGCUGGAGCAUGAUUAUAUGUCUAGUUCUUGCCUCCCAGCAAUGAAACUGUAUUAAGCGAAUGUUGCCCUUUGUUUUUAUAUUUUUUGUAUUUGCACCUGUCACCCAGUUAUGAAUGUGGCUUUUAUGGCUUU